AUGACGAAUCUUAAUGCUGUGAGAAAAGUGCAGGGUGAAGAAACAGCAUCUUUUUUGAAAACACAAUCCUCAAACGAUCCAGAUUUUUCUAUUAAAGUAGAAACUGUUUCAAACGAUGCAAGUAAAAAAAGUUGGAAGUUCGUUGAUGUUGAUGAAAUGAAUGCUUUUUUGGGACUUAAUAUACUUAUGGGAAUAAUUCGUCUCCCACGUCAAGCGAUGUACUGGCAAAAAAAGAGCUGGAUUCUUGAUAUACCAAGUUUCAAUAUGAUCAUGCCAAGAGAUCGAUUCAAUAAUAUUCAGCACCACCUGCAUUUUUGUGAUGAACCGUUGGCACCUGCAGAAGAAGAUCCCGAAAAAGAUCCUGAAAAGUUCUUGAAGAUUCAUGGACUUUUGGCACUUCUUUUGCCACGUUUUCAAACCUGCUACACUCCUGGAAGAGACCUUCACAUAAAUGAAACCUUGAUUCCAAUCAAGGGGAAAAUUGGGUUUCGAAAAUACAUGGAUCAUAAAAAAUAUGGGAUCAAGCUCUGGUUUUUAACUGAAUCAUCAACAGGAUAUAUAUCUAGACUACAAUUUUACACUGGAAAAAAUCAAGCUGUGAACCCUGAAAGUGGUUUAUCCUUGCGUGUUAUUAAAUAUUUGAUGAGUCCAUUUGAAAAGCUUAACCAUCAUUUAUAUGUGGACAACUUUUUUACAAAUCCUGAAGUGUUUGAAUACCUAUUGUCGAAAGAAAUAUAUGCUUGUGGCACAAUUAAUACAGACUGUGUGGGAUUUCCAAUGGAUCUCAUAAUGGAAGAGACUUGCAAGAUGGGUGAGAGUGAUUGGCGAGCAACAGGAAAUUUAUUGGCUCAGUCGUGGAUGGACAAUGGAGCUUUGUAUUUUUUGUCAACCAUUCACGACCCUGAUUAUGAGAAAGAUCAUUCUGAAAGAACAAUUACAAAAAGGAGAAGGGGUCAUACAAUAUAUGGGACUGUCGAAACACCAUGCCCCCCUCUUGUGAGAGAAUACAAUAUGCAAACUGGACGUUUGGGUCUAGCAUAUCAAGUACGAAAAUAUGGCAACACGGCGAGGCGAUCAAGAGUCUGGUAUAGAAAAGUUUUUUCGUAUGUGAUUGAGGUGGCUAUUAAUAAUUCUUUGGUAGUCUAUGAAAAAGUGACUGGAGAGAGCUGUGAUGUCUUAGAAUUUAGGGUAAAACUUAUGACAUCUUUGAUCGGGAAGGGAACACUAGAGCACCUCAGUACACCACAAAUACAGUUUCUUUAUCACUUGCCAGACUUCAAAAUGCUGGCAUCCAUCACCCAGUGUGCAUAG